CUGUGUCAUGCAGUUCAUAUCUGUCUUUUUUGCUGACUGUUCGCCGCUGAUUUGCAAGUCAUAUACCGAUAGAGCAUUUUGGCGUUACUCAAGAGUAAUCUUCACCGCGUCCCGACUCUUCUCCCCACCGGAUAUAUAGCCAGAGCCCUUCCCUUUCGUAAGCCGUCGUCUAGAUCUUCCGCCCUUGUUGAACGCAGUCCCAAAUGGCAGCCCAAGAAUAUUACCAGAGCUUUCAAGAGCCGUUACAAGGUGCUCCUCCAUACCCAGUGCCGCCACCUCCUCCACAAGGCGGCAGGCGACCGUCGCUUGCGCCGGUACAGCCGGCAUACUCGCACAACUAUUCUCCUGCACCCAGUAAUUAUGCGCAACAGCAGUUUUUAGGUGUGCCCGGUCAAGUUCCAGAAAGUGUGCAACCCUGGCGACCGCAGUCAGAUUAUCCACAGCCGCAUUAUCAAGGACCGCCUGCUGGCCCCCAGUACGGAGCGGCUCUCAUGCCGUCCAGGUCGAAAUCAGAACCGCCCGAGUACCGAAGGACGAGUGUGGACUCGUACGGCUCACACAAGCAUCAUCAUCAUCAUCACCACAACCACAGCCACAGCCACAGCCAGCGUUCGCGAUCAAGAUCAAGGUCCCGGUCCCGACACCACGAUCGAGACUACGACGACAGGGACUACAGCGACCAUGGCGAAAGCAGCAGGUCAAGGUCACGACAUCAUUCACACCGUCGCCGGAGUUCGCACGAGUCUCGCGACACCUUUCUUGGCGCAGGAGCUGGGGGCUUGAUUGGCGAUGCUUUGUUACCCGGCCUAGGCACGCUCUUCGGCGCCAUCGCCGGCGGCUUGGGUGGCCAUGAGUACGCGCACAGGAAAGACGAGAGAAAGAGAAGAGAAUCCCGAAGCAACAGUGACUCGGCCUAUCGGGACGGCAUCACCGUUAAGAGCGGCUGGAUCAGGCGCUGAUCACAUCCUUAGAGAGUGAUGCAACUUCUUCCGAGCGGAGGUAUACAUGAAGAUAUGAAGCUUUUCAGAGUCCCGCUGGACGGGAAGCCUUUCAACCGUUUUGCGAUGAUAUCCACGUACCAGUGUAUUUACAUCCUCUAAAGUAACGAACUUUCACGACCUCAGCGGUUUUCCCACCUUUGGUGGGCUCUCGUCGUCUUUUUCUUCUUCUUAUCAACUCCCCAGUUUUAAUCAAAAAUGGCCACAAACAAAUAAGAUCCUUGGGCAUAAAAUACGUGAGGUACCUAUUGAUACCUAUUGAUAUGAUUAAAGUCGUAGUUGAACAAUUGGCUAGCCGCAGCUAAGUCUCGCUUUACCACUCAAAGGAUAAACAACCUCUUCCAUCGCCUACUCUCUCUCUCUCUCUCUCUCUCUCUCUCUCUCUCUCUCU